CUCAUCGACCACGGCCACCUCCACGUGGAGCCCCGCGCCAGGGACCAGGAGCUGCUCAUCACCCAGCGCGUGGCCGUGGGGGACCAAUGUCUCACCAACAACUCCACCUACUUCGAAAUCGCCGCCGGUAACGCCACGCUGGUGAAGCACGCCAAGACCCAGCAAACCGUGGGGACGCUGAUGAACCUCAGCUCUGAAGACGUUUUACUCAUCCAGUACCAACUGCAGAGGGAAAGGACGUAUUUGGGACUGUAUCUCUAUGCCCGAAACCUGAGCGUGAGCACAGCCCACCGGGAAGAGUUCGAGCGCCACGCCAAGUGCCUGGGGCUGAACGGAGAGGAGAUCGUGUACGCGCCGUGGAAAACGGAGCUGUGUCAAGUGAAAGAAACCGAAAAAGGAAACAACCCACGCACGGAGCUCAUGGCUGCAGUCACAGCGUCACCUCCUCCGGGCACCCCCCAGCCUGGGAGCACGGGUAACUGA